AUCCUCGUCAUCGAUCAAUAUGUGUUUGUGAAGCAUACAAAAUACAAUCAAUAUUUAAACUUUGACCACUACGCGAUUGAGAUCAUUGUUAAACAACAGAAAUAAGUGCUUGAUAUGCAUAUAUGCUUUUUAUUACUUUCAACUUGUAUAUACUGAAAGCAUACUGUAUUCAUUUUGCCCUAAUUGUUUUUAUGUCCAUGCAAUAUCCGUGCAAUAUUAUCUCAUUUCAACCAUUUUCUUGUUUGAGAAUCAGCAUUUUUCAUCACCCUAGAUAAAAAUGGAUAAAUAUAUUCCACUUUGGAAUUUAUUUGGAGCUUUACACAAUUUAAAAUCCAAAUAAUAACAAUGGCCGAUGUCAUUUUUGAGGAUAUCUUUGAUGUAAAAGAUAUUGAUCCGGAGGGAAAAAAAUUUGAUCGUGUCAGUCGAUUACAUUGUGAAUCGGAAUCAUUCAAAAUGGAUCUAAUACUGGAUGUAAAUACACAAAUAUAUCCAAUGGAUUUUGGUGAUAAAUUUCGACUACAAAUCACAUCAACAUUGAAUGAAGAAGGCUAUCAAGAUGAUAGUGAAUGGAAUCCACGUGAUGAUACGCCUAAUCGUGCUGAUUCAUUUGAUUAUGUUAUGUAUGGUAAAACAUAUCGAAUCGAAGGUGAUGAAGGACCACAUGAAGCGACCAGUAUGGCAGCAUAUGCAUCAUUUGGUGGCCUAUUGAUGCGAUUAAAAGGCGAUUCGAAUAAUUUGCAUAGUUUUGAAGUGGAUAAAAACAUUUAUUUGUUGAUGAAAAAAUUGAAAUUUUAUUUUUUUUUUUGUAUUUUGUAUUUCAUUUUCAAUCAA